CCGUCCCUUACUCGGAACCCGUCCCUUACUUUUGAAAAGCCGUUCCAGGCCGAGCUCAUAACCCAAAUGAAAUGUUCUGCACAGCUGAGACAAAGCAUUUCCUCGGCUAUUUAUCCUAUGUUUUAUGAACAAUCCUGAAAUGCGUAGCGAGCUUUGGGGUAUGAAGCAAUCCCGUGAAACGCUGGUUUUCAGUGUUCCAUCUCUAUCUUGCGCUAUCCGAGGCGCCCAUGGCUUACCAAAGCUCCGGGCAUGUGUCGCUUUGAUCUUUGUAUUUAGCCUUUACGGACCAUGCCAAGCGGAGAUGCCCCUCUACAUCCCCGCGGAUGUUCCAUGCUCUGAGCUAUGGAGCUUCUAUUCCCAACUCAACACCGAAGGCAGCGCCGACACCGUGGUAUGGGAGGAGGCGGGCGACGCUUGCGGCAUCACUUAUCAUGGGGCCGCUGUAACGACCCCUGACGGCCGUACAAGCCUGUCGCACGACACGACCUACCAUGUAAACAAGGAGUUGCUAUCCCACGUCCUGAACACCAUCCGUCGCGCCAAGGAACGCGACUCACGCCAUGUGGGCGAUCCCUUCAUCGCACCCUACCUUGCGGGGGUCUACCAGAGGCUAGGGCUAGAGUACGCUAGCCUCAUCUGCUUCCCGCGCAUCACACUAGCUUGGAGGCGGCUGGCGGCAGCGGCAGCGGCGGGGCCAGCGACGCAGCCUGCGGCAGCGAUGGACGUGCCGGGCGACGGUGGCAAGGAGGCAAGUGCGGGUGAGGGCGAGGCGAGGAGGGAGGAUGCCGUACCGUCGGCGGCAACGGCAGCGGAAGCGACAGAGGAGGAGGAGGUGGCGAGUACGAGAGCGUCGGCGGCGCCGGAGAUGGCAAGGCGGUUGGCCGCCCGUGUCGUACCGCUGGAGUGGCACAUGCAGCAGCUGCAUCGGGAGCUGGUGCUGGAGGUACGACAACCUUGUGUGCCGUACUUUGGGUGCUGUAGUACGGCAGCGGAAACCCCGGCAUGAUGUUGGCAAGGGUGUUGUGUGUAACGCUGUGAAGCAAGAACACUGCCUUAUGUAGUGCUUGGAUAGGCGCUCACUGCAACGCACCGCUCCUUGUUCUCUUCACGGACUCCCUGUUUGGUACCACCUGUUUCCGUCCCGCCCCCUGUCCC